AUGACGGAUGUUCCAACCGGUGGCAGAAUCGUGCCCGUAAUCGAGGCCCAUCAGCAUUACUCCAUUAGUCCUGCCGAUGAGGCCGUGGCCGACCAACACCCCCCAACACAACAGCUCACAACCCAACCACCACAACCGCAACAAGAAGAAGAUAGCGAUGGACGUUCAAGCCAGAAGCUACCAUCUCAGUCGCAAGCGAAAUCGUCAAAAAGCACGCGCAGCAAAAAUGCGGAGACGGAAUGCCUGGAGCUUCCGUGUCUCAGCAAACUAGGGCUCUAUGCUCUUCCUACAGAGGGUGAUGGCAAUUGCUUAUAUUACGCCCUCUCGGAUCAGCUCUAUGGAGAUUUCACUCAUGCCGACGAAAUCCGUGUCCGUCUCGCAGAUCACAUCGCUGCCAAUAAAGACUACUUUAUGAAUUUUAUAGCCGCCGUUGGUGGAGAGCGCAGAGCGCCCAGGCGAGCGGCAGCGUCGGCGGCUCGGUAUUCUUACUGUUCCUCCUCUUCAGCCAGUCCCGCGCCUCCAUCUUCCAAGGAUAAAGAGCGGAGCUUUGAUUCCAAGGUGGCGGAAUCUCGAAAAAAGGGCGUUUGGGGAGGGGCAGAAGAGAUCCAGGCAUUUUGCCAGUCGUAUAAAAGGGAUGUCAAUGUCUACACCAUGUAUGGCAUUCAGAACUUCCGCGAUGUCCAUGCUUCAGAUGACGAAGAAAGGGAGGCCGUGCAUAUUGCAUUUCAUGUAGGUUACUUACCUUGUUUCACACAGUAUCAUUUUUCUAAUUUGUGUAGGAUUUCCACCAUUAUUCCUCUAAGGCCCACACACAGGCUUGCCGUGUAUACCCAGAGCUGA